AUGUCCAAACGAACGGUAUAUACAGAAAUCAGCCCCCUCCCGCCAAACACUUCACGGGAGGUCGUUUUGGACUUUCUCCAUGAUCAUUUGGGCAUGAUCGAUUUGAAUCCGCUGGUCAAAGAGAGACAUCCCAUCCCGCCACCCGCCGGCGCGAGGCCGGAAGAGAAACAUUUGAGCUGGUAUUCGUUGACGGACAAAAUAUCCUACCUUCCGGGCGGCUUGGCCACGGGGGACAUUUCAUACACGGCCGUCUUCAACGACCUCCCCAACGGACUACAGACGCACUGCUGGGCGCCGCUGGGCGUGGAGAUCCGCAGCAGAUGGACCCUCAACGGGACCCUGCCCGGUGAACCCCCCGAGAGGGUUGAGCUGGGCAUAGACGCCCCAGCGACGGGGCUGUAUAUACGGGAGGACGUCGAGCUGCGCUGCAACAUCCUCAUGGCCGGCUUCAUCAAAAGGACCACCAAGAAGGCGCACCAAACCUUGGUCGAGCAGGUCGCGGCCAAGGCCAAGGCUUCCGCCGACCUGGAUGCCACUACGGCAGCCGCCUCCACGCCCGGGUCGGCCGCUCUGCGUGGAAAUGGCGCCGCUCGGUUCAGCGACUAUGGCCAGGUGCGCAGCGCUGCGGAGCAUGCUUCUGUCGACGGCGCGGGACUGGGGCGGGAUACUCGAGGAGACCAGGGCGGCUGGCGGGCACACGGCCACAGCUCGAGCGACGGCGAUUUGACCAAGAUGAUGCCGGAAGCCAUCGAGCUGCCGGCUUCGUUUUCCUUUGGCUCCGAAUUCCGACCCCCGAACACGCCGGCCUCCCGACAGCCACGGCGCUUCUCCGCCAUGCCGCCACCAUCCUCUAGCAAUUCGACGGCGGCACCGCUCCCAUCCAAGUCCUACUUUUCCCCGCCGCCGCCGCCGCCGCCGUCGUCGUUCCUCGCGCCCCCGCCGCGGCCACCCGCGCCACACAACCUACCCAACGACACGCAGCGCCGGUCUUUCGACUCGGCAAGCGAGAGGCUGUACAUGCCCUACAACCCUACCCAGUCGACGACCGCCGCCCGGGCAACGGCGCACCUUACGUCGCUCUUCCCCCCCUCGCCGUCGACCAGCUCCAGCGUCGACAGCGAUGAGGACUACCUCGGCGACGGCGGCGAGUGCGUCGACAGGGCGGCCCUCUACCCGAACCCGCUGUGCGUUCAAAAAAAACCGUCGGCGGUUCCGGCCCCGAGUCCUGCUGCUGCUGCCGAUGUUACUACUUCUUCUUCCAUCACACCAGCCAUGCCGCGGUCUAGAGCGUACCCGGAGAUGAGCCCGUACUCGGACUCCGAGGACGAGAAGACCGGCAGUGCGUCGUUGCCAUCCCCGCCUGCUUCCGUCGUCGCUGCUGCGGCUGGCGUCGGCACAUACGGCCUGCACCCGGCGCCCCUCAGGCCGGGCUUCAGGGGGGCGGCACCGCUGGCCCAGCCGGCCGGCGAGGUCCCGGCUGCUUUGCGUCCUGGGACCUCGCCUACCAUCAAUUUUACGUCCUCGUGGCGACAUGAUUUGAAAUGA